GUUUUUUUUCCGGGAAAAUCCCACAAAAGCGGUAGGUUUCGCUAAUUUUAUUUAUUUAAAUCAAUUAGUAGGUAAGACGUGAUGUUCUCAAUGCAUGUUGAUAAUAUUUAGUAUAUAUUUCCCUCUUAAACGUUGUCAAAGUGACUGAAAAACAAAGCAGUAUUAAUGGCUAUGGAUAGGAAGACGAGAGAUUGUCUCACUAUUUUAUUUUCGAUUAUAAGUUCCUAUUUUACAAAUUUUUAAUGAAUUAAACAAUUUUUUGUGUUUUAUUAAAAGUCAUCGGUCAUACUUUAAACAUACCAUACGGCAAAUCCGCUGAAAAUUGUAAAAAAUCGGUUUCUAAGAAGAAAACAAUCAUCACAAACUUCAUAUUCUGGCUGGCUUAUUUUCUCUUCAGAUGGCACUUCGGCUUUGAACAUGAACAGAGAUUUGUUCAAAUUAACAUCACUGAUUUGGGAAUACGACGAGAAUCGGCCAUAACUAUGUUGACUUUUUGCUAUAAUAAAUUUUGCAUGAACAACUACCAAAAUACAAAGAAAAUUUUGAAUAGCCUCACAGUAGCUCGGAAGAGUGAUUUUUUUGGCUCGAUUUGACAAUUGCUUUUGUGUUUACAACAAUGAAUUCCUUCGUUCUUUAGAAAACCCCCAUCCAAUUGGAGAUGACCUUCCGAGGCACUGCGAGGCUUCCAAUUUUUUCUACAAGAUAUAUUAUAAUGGAGUGAUUGAAUUUUACAAUUAUUAUACAAUAAGAUAAAAAUUGAAUAAUACAGUAAUAGUGUUCACAGUAUAAAUCCGAAUGUGAACAAAUGUUUUUUAUAAUAAAUAUUAUAAUGUGGAGUGUAGCUAGAGGUUUGAUUGAGGGCUGAAGUGGCGAAAUGAGCCAGUCAGAAUAUGAAGUUCAUGAAGGAUAUUUUCUUUUUAUUUGCAAUAUGGUAUGUCCUAUGUAGGAUAAUUUCACUGUCGACUUUUAAUAAAACACAAAAUAAUAGAAGAAAUACGAGAGAACUUUGCUCGCAGGGUAAAAAAUAGUUUAAUUAAAAAUCCGUAAAAUAACGACUAAAAGAGACAAUCUCUCGUCUUCGUAUCCGUAGCCAUUACUGCUCUGUUUUUCAGUGACUUUGACAACGGUCAAUAUAUGCCAAAUUUUAUCAACAUGCAUUGAGAACAUCACGUCUUACCCACUAAUUGAUUUAAAUAAUUAAAAUUAGUGAAACCCACCGCUUUUGUGGGUGAUUAUCAACAACAAUCUUCCUAACUGCUUCGUACUGCUGUUCUUUCAACUUAAUAUCUUUUCCCCAAUUUUCUUGAAAGCGAAAAACCAACGCUUCAUGGAGCGGUCGUGUAUUUUUAUUCAUAUUUACAAUAAACCAUAUAUUUCGUUGUUGCCAAUCAGAAGCCAGUUUGAUUUGGAUUUGGCCAGAGCCCCUCGUCGUGCGCGUAAGAAGAGCUCUGGGUACGAGAAGGACCAUACCACAUUGCAGCAAACUACACCACAACAUACCAUACCGCAAUUUACCAUAGCACACUAUACCACAUCGUUAAUCCAUACCACAUCACACCAUAUACUAUACCAUACUAUACCAAACUAUGCUAUACUAUACUAACAACAUAAAACGCUCUCUGAGUUUCCAGCGAUAUACAUACCCUUUUCUAGAUAUAUACCUAAUAAUAAUAAACGAACGAACGAAUGUAUUCCUUCUACUCGUGAGCUCAUUUACCAUUGUCACAUAUAGUAAAUGUCCAGGCCUUGUGACCCUGGAUGGGCACUUAAAAGGAAAGAAUACACACACACAAACUGCGCAUGAACGAACGUUCAAAGUGAAUGCCUCUUGUUAGCCACCUUUAUUAUUAUUAGGUAUAUAUCUAGAAAAGGGUAUGUAUAUCGCUGGAAACUCAGAGAGCGUUUUAUGUUGUUAUUUUAUUUCCUGAGUACGGGUCUUCGACCAAUUUCAUAUUGCUAUACUAUACUGUAUAAUACCACAUCAUAUAAAACACGCCAAAUCAUGCCAAACCACGAAAUCUAGACUUGGUUCAAGUCCGUCGAGAAGAGAAGGCAGUGACAGACUUGGGACAUUUGCAGCAUUUCGAAUGUUACUUGCAAAAAUUGGCAAGAAGAUUUGUUGUUGUUCCCAACUCGCAAGCCACGUCUCAGUAGGACUAAUCCGACGGUAAAUUUGGCGCGCUUGCAGGGUAUCCAAGUCCGUCUCUACCUACUUCUCUCUCAUAUUUUCGGGCCAUUUUUGACCGCUCGCGUGCAUCGCUAUUUUCAACCCCUUGAAUAACGGACUUAAAUCAAGUCUACAAAAAGCCAUAUGACAACACACCCAACUACAUCAUAUCAUGAAUGUUAAUGCGAUAAUGAAGAUCGAAUUGCGCUAGUUUUGUGUUAUUCCAGACAAUAUGUCGUUGGAACGUAUUCGGCAACUUCCCACUCUAAUCUUAACUUUAACCAAUUUGCAACAAGUUGAACCUAAUAGUAACACAAAUUAGGGGCGGACCAUUAGAAAUCCCUGGAGGGGGGUAUAAAAUUUUUGCGGCACGAAAUUUUUUUUAGUCUAAUGUCUCUGCAGGAUUGUUUUGUAAGGCAUUUAACCUCUGCACGUAUUUUUUUUCAAGACUAUUUGCACUUUGCUGUUUGCUUGCAUUUUUAUUUGCGCGAAUUUUUUUGGGGGAAUUUUUCACCCCCCCCUCCCGGGAUUUCUAAUGGUCCGCCCCUUAGCAAUAGGAACAUACGAACGUUCUAAGCAUAACCGUUAAUAGUAUGAUAAUAAAUUAUCGAUAUUUAAAAUACUCUGAAAAAAUGUGUAGUAUAUCUUUUAAGUAGUGGCUAUAGUGUUUCAUUGCUGUGGUUGCCAGAUAUCAUGUGAUCAGAGAGAUUCCAGCAGCAAAUAAACAAAGAAAAACAUAAUUUACAAUUCAUCUAUCAUCAUAACAUCCGGCAGCUUUGAUGGUGAAAAAUCAUUGAAGAUGAGGCUUUUUACCUACAAUUAUAUACUACAUUUCUUUUUAAUUUAAAGUUACCCAAAUAUUAGGGUGACAUGUGAAGUUUCCUUCAGGCCAUUCGUCGAUAUUGUCAAAAUAUUAUAGCUCAAAAUAGUUUAUUUAGCUCUGAUUCGUAAAUUAAUGACAGAUUCGGGAAAUACAAUCAACGGACGAUAUCCUAACUAUUUAUGUCCUAACCGAUACCCUAUUCUGAUGUUCCACAGUAUUGGACUAACUCGUUGAUAAAACAAGAUUGGCAGAACAAAACGAGAGACUUACUAGAAGUAACAAAGGCGUAUACGCGUUUACUUUGAAAGACAAACGUUAUACUAGCUCAAUAGCUACCUAACAUGCAUAUUUCGUAUAAAACCAUUAGAAGGUUUAUGAGAGUUGGCAUUAAGUUCGAAGACCGUAUGGCCGGAAAGAUAUACCAGUGUAUACCAUGACAAUAUAUUGAGUUGCUGUUCGGAUUUGCGAGUGUUUAUCUAUCUAUAUGUACUCAGACUAUUUCGGCUAUUAGUAAACAUUAUGUGGACAAGUAGAAUGUUUCCUCUCUGUCAAUUAGAUUAAGGUCAAAAUUUGCUAUGAUUCGAGCAGAAAAGCGAAGUAUGAUGCCUACAACUCUUGCUGGUCGUCGGAGAUCCGGAUAAAUUAUUGAUUGGUUAUAGAAAGGCUUGGUUACGAAUCAAGGGUGACUUUGUCCUAAUGUGCAUGGGAGUAAAUGUAUGCCUUCAGAGCGCGUACUAUGUACGCCUUCGUAUUCAUUAAUAUUAUUAUCACCUUUUUCACAGAUCUCUCCUUCGUAUCCCUUCUUACAUAGACAUUUGAAAGGUUUCUCUGGAUCCCAGAUCAUUGUUCCACCAUUCUGACAUUCAUUCACUUCCCCUCUGCACGAUGCCUUCAAAAUAGUUGAUUAUACAUGAUCACAUGCAAAUAUACUGGUAUUUAUUUUAAAGACUCGAAAUGUUUAAAUACCAGACAAGUUAUAUUUUGUUUUAAAUAGCUAGUCGAUUCAUAUUUGAACCAACAUUUGAGUAUACCAAUUGCCUUUUACAGUCCAUGUCGAACGACAAAAUGUCCCAAUUGUUAUUUUCUGCUCGGCAUUUUCGUCAAGCAACGCUCAAAUAUAAAAUUCAAAGCUUAUUGUUAAAACAAUACAGUUUUAUGUAAACGUGUGAAAAAAAAUAAUAUCCCAUGUUCAAAACAUGUCCAUUUUUGAACAAGAGCUAUACAGACCUGCUAAGAAAUUGCUAUCAAAUAAUUUACAGACCUUUUGCAAAAAAUAUCUUAUUAGAAAAAAUAUCUCGAUCAAAUUAAGGGUUGGGAGUAUAUACGUGACUCGAAUUCCUAUAUUUGGGAACGUUUUCCGAUAUACAAUAUUUUUCAACAGUUCCAGGAAUUAAAAUUUUUAAAAUGGGACAGUUUUUAUCUGGGAGAGUGGAGGCUAAUUUCCAUAAAUUUCAUGGACGUUCAUAAAAUUAUUAAACGGAAAGUUUGAAAGACUCUAGGAAAAGUCUGAAAGAAUCGAGCAUGGAGAGUUAUAUAUGGUCAACGAAAUUCCGUAAGGCAGCCAAUAAGAAAUAGGUCCUGUGCACUUCAGGUUUUUAAAUGUUUAAAUGGAAUAACGCCAAAAGCCUUUCAAGAUUAUUUUAAAAUGUUGCACAUGCUAAAUGUACACGUGCGAAUAACACGAAUAUUGUCCUUCCGAAGAUCAGAGGGCCGGUUGUUGAAAGUUCGGUUAGCGCUAACCUGUUUUAAAAUAUAACCCGCUGUUCUAGUUUGUGUAUUUCUGUACGUCUGUUUAUUUCAAAACUUCAGAGAAAUAAACUCCUAUCGAUCUCCGGAUCUCUGAAAAAUAUUUCAAAAUUUAUAGACAAGUUGUCAGAAAGUUUUCUUUGAAUUUUAGGUUAAUCUAGGGUUAAGCCAGCUAACCCAGCUUUGACUACCCGGUCCUUGAACUGGAACUGGAAAGAAUACCUUUGCUUACCAAGGACCGGAAAUUAUUUUUAACAAACUACCUAUAGUGAUUUGAAGACAGAAUCAUCACUUUAAGAUGAAAGUCUAGCUGCAAAGGUUUUAUCUUUGACUCUUAAUCUGUACAUACAUACAUUUUAUAUAUUUUAUACAAUUUUAGGGAACUAUCAUUGCUUAAUGUAAUAUUGGUAAUAUAGUUUUAGUUUUAGUGGACAGUAACAUCGACAGGUCCUUGGUUGAUACCAGUAAUCUAUGUUGCUGAAAUAAGUUUUUAACCUGUAUAAAUAUCACAAUGAUAUUAUUGUUUUUAUUACUAUUAUAUUCUCCCGCAAAUAUUGGCGUCUAGGAGUGGGAAUCUUUUUUAUAUUUUUAAUACAUUCGUGUAAAAUUUCCAUUUUCGUGUGAAAUUUUUACUCUGAUCGGACAUUUUAAGCAGGAGGGGGGCUUAGCCUUCUUUUUCAUAAUUUUCCCUCUAGCCCUCCGCCUGUUCCGCUACCUAUGUAAAAUAAUUUAGAGCGAUUCUGGUAUUAAUGGUGGCUAUACCCUUAGUUUCCAAAUAAUCUAAAACGUAUAUACAUAAUUGCUUACCACCUGACUUCGGUCAACAUUAUCUUUGAUGAACGUCCAAACUCGCUUUUUUCUGCUGGCAUUAUUGUCAAAAUUAUGUUGAGUCGUAUUUGUCAACUGACAGUUCCAUUCGUUCCCCUCAGACUUCUCCUUGUAGUUGAAUGCAACACAGAAACGGUAUUCUGCGCAAUUAAGGCCGCAAACCUCGUACGUUGGUUCUUUGAAUUGAGCGAUGAUGUUUGUUUUUAAACUAGUCACAUCUAAAAAUAUUAAUUUAUUCAUUCUGUGGUUUCAUAUAACGUCACGUGGGCGGCAAGGGUCCGUGGCAAGGCUAAAUGAGAGCGUUUAUGUUGUUUUAUGUUGGCCAAUAUAAUAGUCGGAAAACUCAUUUACAUGACAGCCAUUUUGUUUCCUAGCUCUUUCGGUUGGCUUCGUUUAAAUGAUUCACCCACACUUUAGUCAAAUUAAGCUAAAUUAUCAAGGGAGAAAAGUAGGCCCUCAGAAAUUUACUUAUAUAAUUGCUAUAACUUAAAUGACUUAGUACUACAUUGAACUGGUUAAACCGAUUCCAAGUAUCUCUUUUGUCCUUUAGUAUAAUAGUAUCGAUCCACGAUAGUGUACAUUACAUGACGUAGUAUACGGAGGGGCGGAGCGAGAAAGAGAGACUUUGCUCAUCAGCAAUCAGUUCAGUUAGAUGUCAAGUUGAUUUUCAGGUAAAUUCAGGUAGAUUUACAGAAGAUAUUCGGGUAAAUUCAAGCCAAUACAGGUGAUUCCUAGGACAAGAGAAAGUUAAUUCUAGAAAAUAUCUUUGAAUUCGGAAAAAACUGAGGUGUUUUUGACAAAAUUUGGGGAAAAUACGUUCUGUCCGGAAAAAUUUUUUUGAUGCCACGAAAAACUGUGAUAUGUCCGGAAAAUUUUUUGUAAUUGCCGUAGAAUGAUAGUAUGGCCGAAAUUUUUUUGGCGACGGGGGGGACGAGAUCUCAACAAGAUAAUUGGAAAAAAAUUUUCAGGUAAAAUUUGAAAUUUGGAUCAAUUUCAGGUAGAUUUAACCAAACACCCCCUGACGCGAGUUCCUCGCGACGGCACUGACCGGGCUAGUUUUCCAAAGGUCGUAGGUUCGAUUCCCACCGUGGCCACGCAUAUUUUUCAAGCUUGCCCGGUGUGGAUAUACACUUAGAGUAACACCACAAGCAUCAUUAAAAAAGCUUUCGACUCAAUCGACCACUCUAUCUUACUAAAAAAGAUGAAUGAGCGAUUUAGAAUUUAUGGGGUUGAACUAAAAUGGUUCGAGUCUUAUCUUACAAAGAGACAACAAGUGAGUUUUGUCGUCAAUGGUCAUACAUCAUCACCUAGACAAAUAAUAUCCACAAGACUUCAUUCUUGGUCCACUAUUGUUUUUACUAUACAAGGUGUAUAAAAAACUGAACAGAUUUGAAAUUGCUCUCAAUUUCGAAAAACAGCUAUUAGUAUCCAUUUUUUUAUAUAUAUGGCUUCUUUGGGUACUUGUAAUGUAGAAAAAUGAAAAAAUUUUCGCGAACACAAAUUUUGUAAACCAGGUGGGUUUGUCUUUUCCAACAAACUAAAAAUGGCUUGCUCACGCAAUUUAAAAGAUAUAAUCGUAUUUUGAGUUACCGGAUGAAAAAUGUGUUGGGUGUUUAAUUGCUGCACGAAAUUGCAGACAAUUUGCUUCAGUUUAAGCCCUUCAACUAUUCAUGCAAACUUAUGUUUUUCCAAAAAAAUCAGCAAUUUGCAUGCUUAAUUAAUGCAGUUGCCCAAUUUGCAUAUGUCAGCAAUAUGCAAAUUAGGUAAAGGCAUUAAUUAAGCAUGCGAAAAGCUGAUUUAUUAGAAGCAAAUGGAUAGUUAAAGGGCUUAAACUAAAGCAAAUUGUCUGAAAUUUUGUACAGUAAUUAACUCAAAAUACGAUUAAAGCUUUUAAAUUUCGUGCGCAAGCCAUUUUUAGUUUGUUAGAAAAGACACACACCCCUGGUUCACAAAAUUGGAGCUCGAGAAAUUUUUUUCAUUAUUCUACCUUAUAAGUACCCAGCGAAAUUGAGAGCAAUUUCAAAUCUGUUCAGUUUUUUUUAUACAUGCUAUAUGUUAACGAUAUGCCAAAGUGUCUAAAAUCUACAACCCCUUGCCUCUGCGCUGACGAUACCGAGAUUUUUCCAUCAUCACUUGAUUAUGAUACACGUGUUAAAAACCUAGAUGAUGAUUUAAAAAAUCUUCACAGUUGGGUUGCCAAAAAUAAGUUACAACACCCGGGCCAACUAAAACAAAAUUGAUGUUCAUUGGAUCACCAUACAAUCUUAAAAAUAUGAUUGGUGAUGCUACUGUAUUUUUUUGCGACAAACCAGUUCCAUUUUAACUCAUUCUCUUAAAAGCUUAAGAGCAGACAUCGAUGAAAAUUUGAGCUGGGAAAAACAUAGUGACAAAAUAUGUAAAAAGGCAAAUGCCGGUAUUGGGGCUAUUGAAAGCGCUAAUUACAGGUAAACUACGUGAAGCGUUCCUCUUUUCACUUCCUAACUCAUUUGGAAUUUUCCUCAUUAGCUUUGCAGAUUUGAAAAACUCUUUGCAAAUCUCUUGAGGGAAUUUGCAAUGUUCCUAUCGGCUGUUGCAAUAUUCCAAUGCAAACAAACUUCAUUAUAAAUUUUCCUAACUUCAUAGCUGCAUCUUGUUAAGUCUCAAAUUCUUUUCGAUAACACACUAGGAAAUACUUUCGAUUUUCAUGUCCCGAAUUCGAAACGGCCUGGUUGUACCGAAUAAAGCAUUAACAGAUAGCCCAUAUACCGUAGAUGUGAAGAGUGAAAAUUUUUAGAAUGUCGCAAAUUGACAGUUCUGCUCUAAAGAGCUUGAAGCGCAAUAGAAUGCGCGCCUAUCAAAUCUACAUCUUGUUUAUAAGUCUCAAAUUCGUUUCAAUAUAACAUACUGAAAAGAGCUGCGAUAUUUAUGUCUAUACAAACGGAGACUUUAUGCUUAAAUAGGGCAAAGACAGAAAGCCUGUAGACCAUAGAUUUGAAAUAUGAAAUAUUUAGAGUGCUGCACAUUCAUGGUUCUGCUCUAAUGGGCAUAAACGCAAUAGAAUUGGUGCCUAACUCGCAUUUUGUUAAGUCUCGAAUUUUUUUCGAUUACGCACCCGGAAAACGUGGAAUUUCCAAGCCAAGAACGGCUUUUCAACAAGUUGUACUAGCAAUGUUGUUAUCUAUCAAGUUGCCAGAAGGUUGUCACUCACAACUUGUUGACAAAGGGGUCAAACCUAGGUCCUUUAAAUGGCUAAUAAGUAAUAAGUUAACAUUAAACCUUACGAAAACUGACUAUAUGCUUAUUGGAUCACAACAAAGGUUAGAUAAAAUCCUCGAAACUCCAAAUAUACUAUAUGGCGAACAUCAGAUAAAAAGGGUGAGGGAAAAAACUGUUCUUGGACUCAUAAUUGAUGACCAAUUAAAAUGGAACAGACACAAUGAUGAACAGUGUAAAAAAAUCUCAAGAAGCAUAGCCCUUUUACGAAAAGCUAAAGACUUUGCUUCACAAGAAGAAUUAGUCACAAUUUAUAACUCAUUAGUCUUACCACAUUUUAACUAUUGCUCUACUAUUUGGAAUGAUAAUAACAAAUCUCAUAUCGAUAAAUUAUGGAAAUUACAAAAGAGAGCUGCACGGGUUAUAACUAGUUCUGACUACACUAUUGGAUCAUCCCAAGUUUUUGAAUCCCUUCAAUGGCAUCCAAUAAAAAAUCUAACAAGUCUGCUGAGCUCAGCAACCUUGUAGCAAGCUUGUCAACAAGUUGUAACAAUGUUGUUAUUUAUCAAGUUGCUACAAGGUUGUCACUCACAACUUGUUGACAAAUUGUUGAAUUUCAGAAGAAUACCAAGUUGUUAGAACAAAAUGUAACAAAUCUGUAGAGUUCAACAAGUUGUUAUGGGGAAUAUCACGCGUGCGCACUUCUUUGCUGCGAAAAUUUGCGAUGAGCUGUUUGCCGCACACUAUAGGAACUUUUUGUCACGAAUGACAGAAAAUAUAAACAUGUUAGAUAUAUAUUUGUUGUUCGCGACACGAGUGACAAAAUUCCUGAGUAUUUUCCCUGCACACUAGGACUUUUGUCGCACGUAAUUGGUCACGAAUGACAAGUGUGCGUGCAACUUGCAAGCGUGCGCCUGCCUUAAUAAAAUCGCUUUUUAUAGUGUAAUGAAGAACGAAUAUCUCCUUUCGGUUAUUUAUUAAAAAAGGGAGACUAUAGCUUUUUAUACAGAAUUUCAUGUUGAAUCGAAUAGCAGUUUCGGAAUUUCCAUCGACCAUGCACACAGAUCUCUGCUCACUAUACGAAAGAAAUUUGCGUGCCAGCGACUAAGUGUCGAAUAGCGCAUACAAAUUACUAAGAAAAAUAUUGGUACAAGAAAUGUUGUUAUUUUGCGUUUUCGGCCGGUUAAUUGUUCUUGAAAUGAUAUCAAAAGCUAAAAUAAAUUUGUAAAAAUGUAAAGUAAAAUUCGAAUUUGAGCCUUAAUUUAUAAAACAAACUUCAAAGCAAAGCUAGACAAAAGCGCGCGAAAAUUCCCAGCUGAACCCACGGUGCCAGACAAUGAAUUUUCAGCGGCAUGACUGUUAUUCUGAGGCAAUAAAAAGUAGGUUAAAUAGAUAGAUAGUGUUAAAACUAGGGUUAGAGUUAGGUUAGUGUCUGAGUUAUGACUAACUUUAUGAUCACAUAUACCUUACAAUUUGCUCAAGCUGCUUUGCUCACAUUAAGAUCAUAAACAGCUAAGAGCAAAAUAUUGUCUGUUUGUUAGCCUUAAAACGAGAUUGUCAGGUUUAAAGUCAUGAAUUUCAGAAGUGCACUUUCAACUGAAAGUUAUAGCAAAUGUUUGGUAAUAAAAAAUUCAAAUAAACUCUUCAAGGAAUGCGAAAUUUUUCAGACAAAAAGCGUUGUGGGAAUAUGUUUAUGAAGUGUUUGGGUUGGUUUCCAUGCAUGAAAACGAUGUUUGGAUGCCCUAAAAUUCAUAUUAAAAGUUUGCCAACUUCAGGCAAACAAUUAAAAUUGGCUCGUCCUGUUGCCUACUGUAUAUGUAAUUCUUCUUUCUUUGUUUUUGUAUUCUUAAUGUAUAUUUCUCCAAAUCACACCCCUCAUGGAAAUCAGCUCCUAGUUGUUGAGGCCAGCGUGCCUAAAUAAAUUUUUGUAGCCUAUGUAUGUAUGUAUGUAUAGCCGCUUGAUUAUACUAAAUUAAUUUUGUUUACAAGAGCAGCUAUUUGAACUAGCUUUGCAUGAUAAAUUUACGUGGUCUUUCCACAAACAAUAAUAUUAUAUGUUUUUUCGCCAUGCAAACCUACAAAGAACUUAUUAUUUGAACUAGAUUGAAUACUUAUAAAUUUCUGAAGGGAGAACAACUCUUUUCGCCUUAACUUUAGUUAAUUACAACUCUUCAUGGAACUGUCAAUCAGUCUAUUAAAACAUAGGACAUAGAAUUUCAUGAACAAAGACAAGUCUCAAUGCUUCCUGCUUAGCGUAUACGAUUUAUCAUGUUAACUGUAUGGACUAUAGAGUUGCUUUCCAAAAAUAGAACUGGAAUUUAGUGGUUGAGAAUUGAAUAGAAUUAGUGGUUGAGAAUAGAAGUAGAAAUUUUUUGGCAAAUUAUUUAACAGCAAUGAAUUUCUCCACAGUAUAUACUUGACAAUUCUGCCGCUGUUUGGCAAUAUUUGCGAAAAGGUAAAAAAAAAACAGCUGCAAUGUCUGAAAACGUGCAAUAAAGAUUUAGAAAGUGGUUUUUCCCUCACAUACUAGGCUACUUUAAAUUAAGCAACAAUGUUUCACCGAAAUUAAAUGCUAAAUUAACUCGUGCCGCCAUUUUCGACUUAUUUCAAAAAUUGUCUGCAGAAUGCUCCAACUAAUAUAUAAGCAUUAUGUAUUAUUAUAGCAGUAUGUAAAAAGCGCUUUAUAAAUUAUUAAAUUAUUAUUGUUAUUAGGUGACAAAUUAAAAUUAUUCUGUUUAUAUAUACGGAGUGAGGUUAUAACAGUAUAUCAUGAAUCCAUAUUGUAUUUCAGUAAUAUAACUGGUCAAAAUAGCUUGAUUGAGGGAGAAAACUUUAAAAAUUAUAGCGGAAAGUCAUGGUUUUGGCAAAAUACAAGAAACUUGCGGAUAUAGUAAUGAUAUGACAUGUACAUUACAAACACCUGUGUUGGCUUAAACCAACCAAUUAUAACGCAUUAUUUCUAACGAAUGCGUCGAAUGAGGCACGGUCAUAUUACAUUUAUCCCAUCUGGAACUCAGUUGAAAGUUGACAUUCAUCGCUUCAGUAUGAAAUUCUUUCGUAUCAUCAAGAUUUCUUUGUGGAUUUUUCUGGUGUUUCAGGUGAUGGAUGACUUCGUAGCUGGACAGGUUAACACUAUGAUUCCCAUGGGCCAAUCUGAGACGUUCCCUAUCAUACAUACCCGUAAGUCGAUCUGCUAAACAUUUUUAUAAAUUAUUUUUAAAUAUAGUACUAAAAAUCUCUUGAAUUUUUCGAAUAUAAAAAGAGGGAACGUUUACCGAGGAUUUGUAAUAAGAUUUUGUAGUUCAGUAUAUUCUUGGUUCAAACUUUAAAACGAUCCGCGGCAAACCUUUCCGUACGAUUCUUAUUGAAACGUCCCGGGCAACUUCUUGAAAUUAUAUAUACAAACCGGCGGCACAUACAAUUUUUAUGCCUCGCUAAAAAUCAAUAAAUCAAUAAAUGUAUUUCACCAAAAAUAUUUCACGUUCACCAAAACCUAUUGACUUGUAAUACCCACUUUGCAAAUCAAUAAAAGCAAGUUUCUUAUAGGCUCUGGUAGACAUCAUGACUUUUCUUGUGUCUGUUCUCUUAACCCAAAAGACGCCAUGCAGAUUCUCUCAUGCAUGCAGACCGAAAAUUUUCCAUCUUCACAAAUGAUUUGAAAGUUUCAAAUUUCUCUCGAGAAAUACUAAUUGAUUUUUAUUUUCUAUUGUUCACUUUCAAUCGUUGAAGGAUUGGCAAAGCCAUUGGAAACCUUUUAUAGAUUUUGAAUUUUUCGUCUUUCGAUCUGAGAGAGUAACAAGUCUGGAUUUUUUUCUGUAAAGUGCGGGAAUAAGCGCUUUGAAAUUUCAAGGAAACGUAAGCGUGGGGAAUUCAAUUCAAUUCAAUUCAAAAGUCUUUUUAUAAGAUCAAAAGAUAAAAAUACAUAACUUAUGUUACAAGUAAAUAUUAAGAAUACAUUAGUAAAGUUUACAUCAUAUGAAUAGGUUAUAGUUAAAAAUUAAUCUAUUUGCAAACGACAAUUUAAAACGUUCCGUGUUCACUCUUGGAUACUGACUAAAGAUUGUCCUCAAAGAGUAGCUUGUGGAUUUUUUUCUUGGUAUCAAGUCGACUAUGGCACUCUUCUGAUAUACAGAAGCUUUAAAAAUAUUUCUGUCUUGUAUUUCUAAAAGAUAUCUAAUAUUUCCAGGUUCUGAUAUAUACUUUCGCUUAAAACAUCUGUCAAAAAACCGUUGUAGAGUAUUGAAUUCGGCUGGAGAAGAACCGUAGACGGACAGGCCAAACGUUAUAGUAGAUCAUGGCUAGAAAUCCAAUACAGUAUGCGGUUUGAUCUGCAGGCUCAAAAUUACAUAAAUUGGGGAUUUGCAUAAAUUAAUUACUUGGUAUUAAACAUUGCGGUUCAUUUCUACAAGGAGUUGAACGAGUUAAAGAGUCUUGUUCUGUGCAGCACAGCUGAUUUUAAAAGCAAGAACAAGACUAAACGCGGCAAAUAUAUUGUGAAUAUCUAAAGCCAAAAGGUCAAAACUAUAUCCUGCGUACAUUGAGCUUCAUUAGCAUAUGCGAAUGAAGGGCUUGCAAUUGCUAAUUUCCAUUGCAAAUAGCAAUCUAAUAGCGGAAUAUCAUACAUGUUUAAUACAACAACACUGUAAAAAUAUAUAAGAAACAAUUUAUAUGUAAAAUGCCUCUUUAUUGACCUUUAUUGAUGAAUUUCGUAAAUUGCGAAAUUUGAUUCCCAACAGAAAGCGAGACAGAAAGUGUAUAUUUACCAAGCCAAAUUUCAAAUUUAACCCUUAUUCGCGCUUUUAUUUCUGCAUCCACGAUCAAAUAAACGUUGCAGCGGUAAACACCAUGAAAACCAUAACAACAGUUCUAAAAUGGCGACAAGAAAGCAUUGUAUUGCUUCGAUUUUCAUGUCGUGUUCAGUGUUUAUGUCGGCGCUUGGUCGAUCGAUUGACAACAACUCUGCGGCACUAAAUCGCACUUUUUUAUGGCGUUUGGGAACCUACUUAUGCACCUAUCAAUGUUAAGCCCCAGAGGGGGGGGGGUCGGGCAUAUAUGGGGGAUUUGAUCGAUCUUUGUCUCCCCACUCUCGGGAAUUUGAUCCUUAUUUUCCUCCCGAGGGUGGGGAUAUUUGAAUUCAGCGAUCAGGAGUGAAUAUUUGAAACCGGAAGUUGUGACCGGAAGUUGUGAGCCUGGGACGAAUGACUUCGCUUCCAUUUUGAAGGAAAUUUCCUUUUUGAAGGAAAUUUAUAAACUAAUUGAAUGAAAUUAUCAGGAAAUUCGAAUCUGAAGGAAAUUUCGGAAGAUUGAAGGAAAUGUGAAGGAAAUUGCCUUAUUUCUAAAAAAAUCCUAAGAAUACGACAAUUUCCAAGGAAAUGCGCUUCAAAAUAUGCUGAAAAUCCUGUCCUGCGAGAUGCAAAAUCUUUUCUUUUUUCAAAAAUACAGCCCCUGCCACGUCUAUGUUUCUUCUAGAACAAGAAAUACCCCGUUAUUUGAGAUAAAUUAGUAAAUUACUAUAAAAUCAGUUUUAAGGAAUUUUUUCAAAAAUAAGGAAAUUUUGAACGGUUAGAAGAAAAUUAUGUUUUUUGAAAAUGGAAGCACUGCUUUCGUGGUCUUGGUCACAGAAUAAAGACAUACAGAAGUGUAACUUCCAUUACAAAACCGUAAGGCCUUUUUUACCGAAAUAGCUGGCGGCCAUGUUCUUAGCAAGUGCCCUAAAGAGAGGCAUUCACCCCCCUGGAAUAUUAAAUUUUCAAUAUGUUUUCAGGGGGGUGACUGCCUCUCUUUAGGGCACUUGCUAAGAACAUGGCGGACUGAAAAAAUCCCUUACGCUCUUUUAAUAAGAAGAUACACUUCUGUAUGUCUUUAUUCUGUGUCUUGGUCAAGGACUGUUAUAUUUCAAUAUUAAAAUAUAUUCGAAGUCGCUGCAUUUUUUGAAGGUAUUGUGUUGUUUUGAAUAUAUUUUUGAAUAUAUAAUAAGGUUGUUUUGAAUAUAAGCCCCACAGUGGGGAAUUUGAUCACAUUUGACUUAGAUUUCCAGUCCCACAGUGGGGCUUUUGAUCGAAAAUUUGCACAAAAAGUCAAAUCCCCCAUAUAUGCCCGACCCCCCCCCCUCUGGGGCUUAACAUUGAUAGGUGCAUUAAAGACGAAGAUACGUCCCAAAAGGCUUCGCAAAACAAAGAAUAAAUAUUCUCGAGUGUAUUUAGACGUGCACAUUACAGCCAAACCAACUGAUUAUUCCAAAAUAAAGGCUUACUUUGGCCAACUUUGGCCAAUUAUUGGGAUUUAAUAGACACUUGUAUGGGGAAUAAGAGGUAAGAAGCUAUCGAGCUAGGGAACUCAUUUAGCCUUGUCAGUUUGUCGCGAUAUUUGUUCUAAUUAAUAUUUGUGUUAUAUACUGACGUUUUAGACGUGCACAUGUGAGAAUUUGUAAGGUUAUAAAACAAAAAAACAGAAAUAUAGUUUUUCCUCUAUCAAUUCUAUACAUUGCCGCCAUUUUGAAUUUAUUUAAUUUGCGCUCUGCAUGCAUGCUUUUCCGCCAUACUGUAUUGGAUUUCUAGCCAUGAUUACUAGGGUCUUAAAUAGAUAAUCUAUCUCACAUUGGCUAUAGCCUUCUGCCCUGAGUGUUCGUAUAACGUACAAGCAUUUGUUUGCUUCAGGGCGCUGUAAAACACGGGCGAAAAAGGUACAAUUCGAACUGAAUUCACAUUGCAAUGGAUUUGGGAACUGUGCUAUUACUAUAUAGACAAAAUCUUUUUUUCGGAUUCUUAAUCACGGCUGAUUAUAUAGGGAAUGUUGUAGUGUAGAUAUAAGUCUGAGAUCACACUCACGAGGAUCGAUUGUUUUUGCAAAACAACUUCGUUCGUGUGUUUGUUUAUAAGAUGAAAAAAAGACGAAGACAAAAUUUUUUAAACGGCUGUUGACAGUUGUCGUAAACCCUGCAACUGGAAUGUGUGUUUGGAUAUCGGGUAUGUUCAAUCACAUGUAUUUUUGUCGAGUUCGCCCAGAUGAAGCGCCAUAAAUUGAUAAAAACAGCAAGUUCUUUUUUUCAAGCGAUAGUUUGUUUUUGCAGUUUUACAAGCGCGGAAAAUUUUUAACUUUUAAAUAUUUCAUGCGCAAUAUAUGAAAACUAGUUUUAUUUUGAUGUUUUUGUAUAAUUUAAGUACAUAAUUUUCUGAAAAUCACUAAAUGAUAAUGGGCUUUUUAAAUUUUUAAACAUUAUUUUGCCCUUAUUUUUGACAUGCACAUGCCGAAAUCUACACAUGGAAUUCAAGCAAGCGAUAGUUUGUUGUCGCAGUUCUACAAGCGCGGAAAAUUUUUAACUUUUAAAUAUUUCAUGCACAAUAUAUGAAAACUAUUUUUAUUUUGAUGUUUUUGUAUAAUUUAAGUACGUAAUUUUCUGAAAAUCACCAAAUGAAAAUGGGCUUUUUUAAUUUUUAAACACGUUUGCCCUUAUUCAGUUUGACAUGUGCAUGCCGAAAUAUACACAUGGAAUAGCAUUGCCUUCCACUUCGCGUUUUAAAUCUGACACCCUAUGAAGCAAGCUGGAAAAAAGUAUGUUUAAACAAAAAAGACCAUUCUCAUUUGAUGAUUUUCAGAAAAUUAGGUACUUAAAUUAUACAAAAACAUCAAAAUAAAACUACUUUUCAUAUACGGUGCAUGAAAUAUUUAAAAGUUAAAAAUUUUCCGCGCUUGUAAAACUGCGACAACAAACUACAUCGCUUGCUUGUAUUCCAUAUGGCAUUGUGUAGAUUUGGCAUGCACAUGUCAAAAAUAAGGGCAAAAAAAUGUUUAAAAUUUUAAAAAGCCCAUUCUCAUUUGGUGAUUUUCAGAAAACUAGGUACUUAAAUUAUACAAAAACAUCAAAAUAAAACUAGUUUUCAUAUAUUGUGCAUGAAAUAUUUAAACUAGUUAAAAAUUUUCCCCGCUUGUAAAACUGCGACAACAAACUACAUCGCUUGCUUGUAUUCCCUAUGGGCUAUGGCAUUGUGUAGAUUUUGGCAUGUGCAUGUCAAAAAUAAAGGCAAAAAAUGUUUAAAAAUUAAAAAAGCCCAUUAUCAUUUGGUGAUUGGCAAAAAAUUAGGUACUUGAAUUAUCCAAAAACAUCAAAAUGAAGCUAGUUUUCAUAUAUUGUACAUGAAAUAUUUAAAGGUCAAAAAUUUUCCGCACUUGUAAAACUGCGACAACAAACUAACGCUUGCAUAGGUUUGGCAUGCACAUGUCAAAAAUAAGGGCGAAAAAAUGUUUAAAAGUUAAAAAAGCCCAUUAUCAUUUGGUGAUUUUCAGAAAAUUAGGUACCUAAAUUAUCCAAAAACAUCAAAAUAAAGCUAGUUUUCAUAUAUUGUGCAUAAAAUAUUUAAAAGUUAAAAAUUUUCCGCGCUUGUAAAACUGCGACAACAAACUACAUCGCUUGCUUGUAUUCCAUAUGGCAUUGUGUAGAUUUUGGCAUGUGCAUGUCAAAAAUAAAGGCAAAAAAUGUUUAAAAAUUAAAAAAGCCCAUUAUCAUUUGGUGAUUGGCAAAAAAUUAGGUACGUGGAUUAUCCAAAAACAUCAAAAUGAAGCUAGUUUUCAUAUAUUGUGCAUGAAAUAUUUAAAGGUCAAAAAUUUUCCGCGCUUGUAAAACUGCGACAUCGCUGUGAACAUUAUGCAAUUUGGAGUCUUUUGGCGGACAUUUCAGUUGCAUAUUGUAAGUACGAAAACAGAAAUAAAACAACCUUUAACAUAGUAAAAACGGAAUUUUCUGCUUGUUCCUUAUCAUUGAAUAUUUUCCUUAACUUUUAUAUUGCAUUUGAAUGCCUGAAUAUGUUAAUGAAAAUGUUUCCAAUGUUUUCUAAAUUGACAAUUGUUUUCUAACUUUAUCAAAACAAGAUCACAAGUUGUGUCAUUGUAAAUUACGCAAGUGACCUGGUCAUAAAUCUUUGAAUUAAAAAAAAAUCCCACAAAAGCCCAUUUUCUAACCUUUUCAGGUCGAAAGUAUAACUAAUUAUAGAUAAUUUAAAGGGUUGAAGUUAAUGCCUGAAAAAUGUAAAUAUAUUUUAUGAUAAAAUCGCUAUGCCUUCAAAUAAUUUCACAUUUUAAAAAUGUUUUUCCAACUCCAGCGAUGUAAUUUGCAAUACUAAUUAAUUGCCAGAGUCUCUAUUUUAUAACAAGUUAAUUUUUUUCCAUUUUAAGGAUAAAUUUACCUUACAAUUUGCACUCUUUGAUUGUCCUUUAAAUAUUUUUGUCUCUUGUUUUUGCCUCGCUUCAUCUUUAAAAAUCCCGCUUAAUCCGCGCAUUUCGCACGCUCGCGCCAGUCUCCCGUGCAUCACACAUGGAUCAGGCAAAUAUUAGCGCGUUUCACCGCCCGUGUUUUACUACGCCCUGGUUUGCUUUGACCAAUUUACCUCGCACAUGACUGGUGAGCUUGAUAUUGUCUUGAAAAGUAGUACCUAAAAUGGGAAGUUCUUUGCAUUGGGGUAUAUUAUAAACAUUGUCAAGUUGAUCAUUAAUUAAUUAUAUCCCUUCUUCCGGAUGAUAAACUCUUUACAUUUAAAAAUCAUCUCUUUAAAUCAUGUUACGUACAUCAGCAAUAAGGCGCGCAGAGAGUUCUACGCACAGUUUAUCAACGAAAAUGGAAAUGACCAAAAUAGACUGUUUAGAGCAACAAAUGCCCUCCUCCACCCGAAGGAUGAAGUGUGCUUCCCUGAUUACUCUGACGAUACAUCACUUGCGAAUGACAUUGGCCAUUUUUUCUAUACUCGUAAAGAGCUUGACGCUGUGGUUAUUGAUCAAUGUGAUAGUUCUCGACUAAUAAAUGACCCUAAGUUUGGUUUUAAUCAAAGUCUGGAGAAAUUCGAGGUUCUUUCAACUGACAUGGUGUCCCAGCUUAUUCAGAAAUCAGCGAAGAAGAGUUGCGCCCUAGAUCGUAUGCCUACAUCACUCGUGGUCAAGAGUCUAAAUGAAUUGCUACCUGUUAUUACCUGCAUGAUCAACUCCUCCCUCUCGCUAGGUUAUUUUCCUUCUGCUUGGAAAUUCACCCUUGUCGAUCCAAGGCUCAAGAAAACUGGUCAACCUGCAUCGCUAUCAAAUUUAAGACCAAUAAGUAAUCUCCAGUUUGUUUCUAAACUGACGGAAAGAGCUGUAAGUGACCAGACACUUGAACACAUUAAAUGUUCAGAUAUAUACCCAAUCCUACAAUCAGCAUAUCGAGCUGGUCAUAGUACGGAAACAGCCUUACUAAAAGUACAUAAUGACAUCAUGUGCUCUAUGGACCAACAAAGAGUCUCACUACUAGUACUUUUAGACUUGAGUGCUGCAUUUGACACUGUAGAUCAUCAAGUGUUAUUACGUCGUCUUGAGGUCAGCUUUGGAAUAACAGGUACUGCCCUUAAAUGGUUUAAAUCCUACUUAACUAACAGAUCUCAACGUGUGCUAAUAAAUGGUAACUACUCCGAAAGUUUCUCUCUCCCUCAUGGUGUUCCUCAAGGCUCUUGUCUCGGUCCGUUGCUUUUCACAAUCUACGCAAGCAAGCUAUUCGAAAUAGUUAAGUGUCACCUGCCAGACGUGCAUGCGUAUGCUGAUGAUACUCAAUUAUACCUUUCUUUUAAGCCGGACGGUGCUACUAAUGAGCUUGAUGUAAUAUGUGCACUACAGAAUUGUAUCAAGGAUAUCAGGACUUGGAUGACAGUUGAUAAGCUUAAACUGAAUGAUGGGAAGACAGAGUUUUUAAUAAUUGGAACUGCUGCUCAGCUCAAAAAGGUUAACAUCUCUAGUAUUGUCAUUGGUCAAGAUAGUGUUCCAGUAGUAUCGUGUGCCAGAAAUCUCGGAGUAUGGUUUGAUAACAAUCUUAAUAUGUCACAUCAUAUAAAUAAGACUUGUCAAUCUGUAGUAUAUCAUCUUCAUAACAUUAGACGUAUUCGAACGUUUUUAAGCUAUCAAGAUAGAAAGUCUGUGGUCCAAGCACUAAUAAUGUCAAGGAUAGACUACUGUAACAGUCUUCUAUUUGGUGUCACAGAUGUACAUCUGUCUAAACUACAACGGCUGCAAAAUACAGCAGCACGUCUUAUCUGUUCUAUCCCUAAACAUGAUCACAUCACUCCGACUCUCAUCAAACUACACUGGCUUCCCGUUCGAUUAAGGAUCAAGUUCAAAAUUGCCAUGCUUGCUUUUAAAUGUAUCCAUCAGUAUGCACCUCUCUAUCUUGUCGAUCUUUUAAAAGUAAGAAAGACAUCGUGCUAUAGUCUAAGAUCUAACGAAGGCACACUGCUUGAAGACUACAGCACAAAAACAAAGAAAACACUCGGUGACAGAGCAUUUGUAACCUCCGCUCCAAAAAUCUGGAAUGAAUUACCUAUGUAUAUUAGAAAUCUGCAUAACUUUAGUAUUUUCAAGAAAUUAGUUAAGACUUAUUAUUUUGAAGAAGCCUUUAAUGUAAAUACUUCAUGUAACAUAUAAUCUAUAUAAUCUUCUUUAUAUUUUUAGUUAGUAACCAUUCAGCAUAGAAUAAUUUUAGUGUAAUUAUGUUUUGUGAUGCGCAUUUGAUCAUAUACUAUAACAUGUUAAUUUGCGCAAUAUAAAUAUUAAAUAUUAUUAUUAUUAUUAUUACAUUUACCAGGGAUACAAGUCAUAAAAUUAUCGUCAGACCAUCUCAGGAAUUGUCCAACUGUAUCUGUUGAUGUAUCAGGACCGUCACUCCAAACAGGCACUAUUAUAUUUGAAUCGUCCGCAUAUUUAAAAAGAGCGUUCUCACCGUCUAUGUCCACCUCUAAAUCAUUUAGGAAAAUAUUAAAGGAAUGUCAAUGCAACGACAACUGCUAAUCAUGACAAAAGUACAGAAUAUAGUCUAAUAAAUGUAUAUAAAUUACCACUCGAUAAUUUCCAUCUACAAUAUACCCUUCAACUAUGGAUUGAAUUUCGGCUCGUCUCAGCCUAUAUACAAUCCAACGAAAACCAGUUUUUUUCCAGCGACCUCGCGAAGAAGUACUCAAAUUAUUUUCGACGUUUGCAUGUAAAUAAUUGAAAUUUUCCAAAAUGUUUGAGUAAGUUUGAGUAAGUGUGAAGGAUGCUUUGGAGAUAGGUCGACUCCUGAAAAUAUACUUAUGUUAUAUAAAGUCUUUAUACUCUGAUGAAAUUUGCGUACGGGAUAUGGAAGUUAGCCUCAGUUAUCACUUUGCAACAUGCCUGAGACAGACAUUUCAAAACAAACAUAAUUUCUUUCUGCAUGGUUAGUGCCAGCGAGAUAUCUAAAAAUGUGGUUUUGUUGAUAUCGAAAACGUGUGCUGUACAAUUAAGCAAAAGUCAUUAACAGUCCUUUAAGAAUUCUAAAGGUGCAAAGCGAGAUAUCUAAAUAUUCGGUCUUGCUGAUAUUGAAAACGUGUGCUGUACAAUUAAGCAAAAGUCAUUAACAGUCCUUUAAGAAUUCAAAAGGAUAUUUAGGAUGGACAGGGAAUGGGACUAAUGGAUAAGGACUAUAUUUAUUACGCAGGCGUUAGGGUGUCCCUCAUGGCCAAAAGUGCACUUAAUACAACAGAAAUUUAUUGUAAAUAUUUGAUCGAAAAAUUCAAAUUAUUAACUCUGCGAGGGAAAUGAAGUUUGUCAGACAAAAAACCUUACACUAAUGUUUUGAUAAAGAGAUUGAGUUGGUUUCCAAGUAAACGAUGCUUGUCAUAUCGAACAUUUACAGACUAAGAGCCCUAUAGCCCCUUAAACACACUAAAAUAAUUUUGUUUUCAAGUGCAGCUAUUUGAACAACAUCGAAGAUUCAUGAAACUUUCAAACAGCCUAGCAUGGCAAAUAAAAUUUUAUGACGAAUACAAGUCCCCAUGCAUCCUGCUUAUAGCAUACAAUUUCUCAUGUUAACUGGUCUAGAUCUGCUAUCGCAAAAAUAUGCAACUGGAAUUUAGUUUGUUGAGAAUUGAAUUCUGAAAAUGAAAAUUUAUUGCAAAUUAUUUAAAAGCAAUGAAUUUCUGCACAGCACUUUCCGACACGACAAUUCUGCGACAGUUUGACAAUAUUUGUGAAAAGGUAAAAAACAACAGCUGCAAUGUCCGAAAACGUGCAAUAAAACAUUUGGAGAGUUGUUUUUCCCUCCCAUACUACCAUAAGCAACAACGUUUCACCGAACUUGAAGUCGUCUAAAUUAAAUGCCAAAUCAACUAAUGCCCCCAUUUUUUACUUAUGUAUAAUACGCUUCAAAAAUGUCUGCAAAAUGCUUCAACUAAUAUAUAAGCAUUAUACAUUAGGCAUGAUUAGGUGACAAAUUUAAAUUAUGUCUUACGGAGUGAGGUUAUAACAGUAUAUCAUAAAUCCAUAUUGUAUUUCAGUAAUGUAAGGUCUAAAUAGCGUGAUUGAGGGAGAAACUUUAAAAAUGAUAGCGGAAAGUCAUGGUUUUGGCAAAGUGCAAGAAACCUGCUGAUAUGGUAAUUUAAUAAAAAAUGCCUGACUAAUGCGUUUCAAAUAUGUUUGUAGCAUUAAAUGACAUAUAUAUUAUAAACACCUGUGCUGGCUUAAACCAACCAAUUAUAACCCAUUAUUUCUCACGAAUGAGUCGUACGAUCGAGCACGGUCGUAUUACAUUUAUCCCAUCUGGAAAUCAGUUGAACUAGUUGAAAUUCAUCUCUUCAAUAUGAAAUUCUUUCGUAUCAUCAUGAUUUCGUUGUGGAUUUUUCUGGUGUUCCAAAUGCUGGAUGAAUUCACAGCUGCACAGCUUAAUACUAUGAUUUCGAUAGGCCAAUCUGACACGUUCUCUAUCAUAUUUGCCCGUAAGUCCAUCAUCUUUACUUUUUUAUAUACAUUUGUUUUAAAUAGUACUGUGAGUCUCUUGAAUUUGUCCAAUUGGAAAAAAAUGGAACUUUUACAGAGGAUUUACAAUAGGUUUUUGCAGUUCAAAGCCGAUAUACUCUGGGUUCAAAUUUUAAAACGACCCGCGGCAAACCAUUCCGUACGCUUCUCAUGGAAACGUCCCGAGUAACUUCUUGAAAUUAUAUGACAAACGGCACAUAGAAUUUCUAUGCCUCGCUGAAAAUAUAUUAAUGCAUUUCACGCUCAGCAAAACCUAUUAAUACCCUCUUUGUAAAUCAAUAAUAGGAAGUUUAUUAAACGUUUUAUACUCUGGUUGAUUUUCCUUGUGUCCGCUUUCUUGGCUCAAAAGACGGGAAAUUCUUUCGCAUAGCAGACCGAAAAUUUUCAAUCCUCACAAAUGAUUUGGAAGACAAAGAGAAUUGAGUGCAAGUUUCAAAUUUCUCUCGAAAAAAUACUAAUACAUUUUUACUUUUCUAUGAUUCACUUCCGAUCGUUAAAGAUUGACAAAGAUUGGAAACAUUUUUUUAGAUUUUGAAUUUUUCUCUUUUGAUCUGAGAGAGUAAUAAAAUAAGUCUGGAUUUUUUUCUGUAAAAUGCAGGAAUAAGUGCAUGCUGUGAAAUUUCAAGGAAGAUUAAGCGUGGGGAAUGUCAAUGCAAAGACAGCUGCCAAUCAUGACAAAAGUACAGAAUAUUCGACAAUUGUUCGCCGAAGGCGAGGUGAUUAUCGGUGAAUAGAAACCGAGACGAAGUCGAGGUUUGUAUUCACGAUAAUUACCGAGCCUGAGGUGAAUAAUUGUUUUAGUAUAAUUUCAUUAUUUGGAAAAAAGUAAAAAACUUGAAAGAUAACGGUUAUCACUUUGUUGAUUGUUUUAUACAUUAUAAGACCCAAAUUUCUAAGAACGUCUUUUUUCUAGGUUAUCCCUGCAGUUUAUAUAGAAUUCAAAAUCUUAACCGAACAGUAUAGUCGGACCCGUGUAAUAAUCCGUGCAGCUCAUUGCCCCAGACGCUACUGCAAUAAUCAAAAUGUGGUUGGAUCAACGAGUUAUAAAUUAUGACGAGGACUGACAGUGGGAGAUAUAAUUUUAACAGCCAGAUAGCUGCAAUUACCUUGGUUACUUUUUCGGUAAUCGUGAUUAUAUGUUCAUCCCAAGAAAAGAGCUCAUCCAAUUCAAUUAUGCCUAAGCUUUUGUAUGUUUUAACAUGCUUAAUAUUAUCGGUCGAUUAGCCGAAUUAUCAGGUUGAUUAUGUAUGGUUGCUAACUUGUGGCGCGUGCAUGGAUAUAUAAACAUACAUUUAAUUCUAAGAGCGUGUAAGCUUAGUUUAUUAGAAUCGAGCCAACUUUUUAGGAUAUUUAAGUUUCUGUUCAUGGCAGAGAAAACUUGGUUGUAGUCUUUGUCCACAUAUAUCAAAUUUGUGUCAUCAACAAAAAGACGGCAGUCAGACUUGAAAUUACAAUCUGGUAGAUCGCUUAUACAUAUUAGAAAUAGAAGUGCUCCCAAAAUAGAUCCCAUACU